AGUUUGUUGUUGUGGCCCUACUGCGUCACAGCUUGUUCGGUUUUUCGAAAAUAAAACAAAAAAAAACGUAUUUCUAUCGGCACAUCUACAUUUAUGAAGCAAUGUCUAAAAGGCAUGUCGCUUUCAUAAAGCCGGACGAACCUAGUUUUCUGAAGAAGCUGAAAAAAGAGGCUGGAUAUCAGGAAGGGCCGACCGUGGACACGAAACGCGAAGAUAACGGAGAAGUAUCCCGGGAAGAUUUAGAGGAUAAAGACGACGAGCUACCUACCGUUGUCGUUUUAAAACACGGCGAUUUAACUGCUGAAGAAGCCAAAAUCGAAGAAGAUAGGUUAAAAAAAGAAAUUGAAGAAGCACCGGCUGAUCUGAGUGCUCGAAUUGUAUUCAAAGCGCCAAAAAAGGAGAAAUCAGGAGAGCAAUCCAAAGUCGAAAAAAAGGCGAAAAAAAAGAUAAAAAAUAAGAAAUUGUUGUCUUUUGAGGAAGACGAAAACGACGAUUAUUGAAUAAAUUCUGACAAACUGGCUAUGGCAGCUAUAGCAGAAAUGGGGGAAGUCGAGGAUAUGGUCUCCAAAGACGAAGGUAAUAUAAUUACAAACGGCGAUGUAUCGAACGACGAAGCCGCCGAAGAAUCCCGAGACGGCGAGGAAAACCACAAAAUAUCCAACCCUAGCGAACCGAUGGAUACCGAUGAAAACGACAUUGAUACCAAAGACGACAAAGAAGCGGUGGACGGCAUCGAAAAUCGCGCCGAAGACUCCACGAAUCACUCGGACGAGCAGGACCGACCGUCGGAGCACAGCGAAGAGCCCUCGGAUAACGCCGACAGUAACGAAAACUCGGUGAAUAACGACGAACCGGAGGAGAACGUGGACGAAAGCAGCCAGGAGACGAAAGCCAGCGAAGAUCGGACGGAUAACGAAUCGAGGACCGUCGACGAAGACGACAAUUCGAAGUCGAUGAACGACGAGACGAGCCAACAGAGCACCGAUUGCUCGGAGAAGUCGUCGUCGAAGAAAUUAGAGGAUGAUUCGGGCAAAGAGAAAAUCGUCGAAAUCCACGAAAUCGAAUCCGACGACGAGGACGAAGAGGAAGAGGAUAACGACAACGACGAUAAUAGCAAAAGUAAUAAAAUUAGUAAUAGCGAUCCAAUAGAAUUGAACGAUUCAGGCGGCGAGGAGGACGACGAAGGUGAUGUGAUGAUCGUGGAUGCCGAGAAUCCUAAAGAAAACGGCACCGACGACGUCAUAGAUUUAGCUACGCCCGAAAAAAAAGGAAAAACAGAUGCUAAAGUAAUUAUAACACCUAGGCGAAGUUCUCGAAAUUUAAACAAAAGCAGAUCGUACGUGGAAUGUGAUAAAGACGAGAGCGACGCCAACGAUAAGCGAAGAAAAUUGGGCGCCGUCUCUUUGGCGGUCGCCGCGGCCGCCGCCCGAAUGCAAGCCGUAUCGGUGGAAGAGGAAUCGGACGUGGAAGAAGUCCUGCCGCAGGAUCCAUUGGCCUGUAACGAUUCGAUCACGGUCGAAAGGAUACCGCACGUCGAGAAACCCAAACAGCCGUCGUCGAAAACCGCCGCGAUCGUGGUGAACGACACUAAAAAGUUGGUCGAAAUCGCUUCGAAAUCGAGUAAUUCGGCGCAGGGUAAAAAGGAGCCGACGUUGGUGAUAAUCGAUACUAAUUCCAUUUUGUCAGGUCGCGGCGCCGUCCCUGUAAAUAGUAAAUCCAAUUCGAUAUCCUCGACCAACUACCAAACGGUCCUUCCCAUGGCGUUGCCCGCGCAGGGUAUAUACCCGCCUAACAUGAGGGCCACCAUUACGCCCAUACCCGUCAAUUCCACCACUCUCGCUUCGGCGGCGCCCCAGCCGAAGCUCUCCCCUGCCACGAUUACUCCUACCAUGACCACACCGUUACUGCCUACGUUGACAGAUGACAUGUUUGUGGUCGAAGCCCCCUCGUUUAUAGUACCGUACGUGUACGAAAAACCCCCCAUGAAAGACUUUAAAGACUUUGUUAAAGAUAUACAAAAUCAAACGAAGGAUAAAGGAAAAAAGAAAAGUGACAAUAAAGUGGAAAUCGACGACGACGAUGAUGAAGACGACGUCGAGAGCGUCGAUGACAAGAUUAAAAUAGAUGAUAAAAGCGAUCCCAAUUAUAUACCGGACUCGAAAAAAGACGCGGACAGUACUAAACCUUACUCGUAUUUCGACAGUCCUCUAGGUAAAUUCUUCAUCAACAUCGGCUUGAACUUCGUGCAGGAGUUCGUGCAAACGGACCUGCUGAAGCAGCAGAAACGCAAACACAACAGGGAAGGCGGCUCCAAUCCCGAAACGGAGAAAACCAUCAAAUCGCUCGUGAAAAACCUGGAAUACUCCAAGGAGAACAACGGCCACUUCAAAACGGUGCUGAAAAAGUGCGAAUUUUGCAAUUUCAAAACCGAAUCCUCGUUGGCCAUGUCGUAUCACUUGGAAACGCCGCAUAUGAAAAAUUUCGUAUACAAGUGCAAUUUUUGUCCGUACGAGGUGCGCAGCCCGCACGACAUUCUCUUCCACAUGGAAGCCGAACACGCCGUCAAAGGGCAUUUGGAAAGGGCGCCCGCCUUCCAUCAGUGCCCCAAUUGUCCCUUCGAGGACAACCAGAAAGGUAAACUUUCGCGACAUUUGGUCACUUGUAUGAGAAAAUUCAAGCCGGAGAGGAAUUUGGAGCCGCCCAUCGAUUGGGAGCCGCCCGCGAAAAUACCGAGAGUGCCUAAAAUGCGACAACAGGGCCUUAACGCGACAGCCGCCGCUUACCAGGCCAUGUCGAAGACCACGCAGUACCAGUUUCUGUCGAAAAUGCAACUGCAAAGUACUCAAAACGCCUUAAAUCGGGGACGAGGUAGGCCUUCGUUGGGUGCGACAAACCUAAACCUGAAACCCCAAGGCACUUUGGUACGACCACCUGGAUUGCUUUACAAACAGCAGGCUGUUGCCGGAGGCGGUUCCGUGCUGGUGUCCACUAAUUACCAAUUGAGCGGAAGUCAAGUGUUCCAGGUGGUGGGAGGACAAGAGAUAAGCGGUCGGCUUGGUAACCCCGGCCACGUCUUUCUCCCCAACAUGUCUUCCGCCUCUAGCACAUCGAUGGCCCUUCAGAACCAAUCUAACUCGUCGUCGAAGAAACAGUCGCAACAGCCGAGCAUAUCGAUAACGCCGUUGCCGCGCGGCACGACGGCGACGGUGACGCCGGUGUCGACGAGCGGCGCCAAGCCGGGCGACACCAGCUCCAAAAAUUCGUUCGUCAUCUGCGAGAUAUGCGACGGCUACAUCAAGGACUUGGAACAGCUGCGAAAUCACAUGCAAUGGAUACACAAGAUCAAGAUCCAUCCGAAGAUGAUCUACAACAGGCCGCCGUUGAAUUGCCAAAAGUGCCAGUUUAGGUUCUUCACCGAUCAGGGAUUGGAGAGGCACCUGUUGGGUUCGCACGGUUUGGUCACGUCCAGCAUGCAGGACGCCGCCAACAAGAGCAAGGAUUCGGGACGGUGUCCCGUUUGCGGAAGGGUGUACCAAUGGAAGCUGUUGAACCACGUGGCGCGGGACCACAAUAUGACGCUGAAGCCGGCGCAUCUGUCGUACAAAUGCACCGUGUGCACGGCGACGUUCGGCAUGUACAAGCAAUUCGAGAAUCACGUGUAUUCGGCCCAUAGCGUGGUGGCGAAACGGGUGAUGGACAAAAAGGGCGGCGGGGCGUCGUCGUCGGGGGCGUCUUCGACGAAAUCGUCGGCCGUCGAUCAGUUGAAACCGUUGAAAAUCAACGAUGAAAUUACGAUAAUACCGCAGCCGGCGAAGGCGUCGUCGACGAAUGGUAAAGAGGAGAAAAGCACGCCCGGUACUAGUAAAAAUUCUGAAGCGACGACUCGUGCGGAAAGAUUGGCACGAAGAACUGCCGCAGAACAAGAUUGAGGAUAACCUGAAAUCAUGUAGAUAAUAAUAAUUGUAAUGAAUUAUCUAGCGCGAACAUUUUUGUACGAAGGGCUCUAACGAGUUUCGUAUGGGUUGCUAGUUAGUCGAGAAUCGUCCCGAUUAGAUUCUUCGCGGAAUUUUAUCCAAUAUUUUAGAGGAGGAAGAAAUGUUACAGGAUUUAUUGACCAAAAUCUUAUUGAACAAACGGCGGUGUCGUAUUUUAUUUAAUAGGAGAUAUAAUAGUGGGACAGAGAAAAUAUUGAAUAUGUUUCGUUUGCUUUUAACUCUGAAAUUAAUAACUUAUUCCUUAUUUUACCUGUACGCUGUUCACAAUUUUGAAUUGUACUCGAUUUUUUUUGUAUUACGUACUUUUUUAUAUCUAUCGAUUGUAUGGGGAGAGAGACGUGAGUUGCAAAUGGCAUAGAUUAGAUCAAAAAAAGUUUAAAGAAUGUUGCACUAUUUGUAAAGAUAAUUUUAGAAUAGAAUAUUAUUAAUGUGUUUUUUAGUCAUUAUUAAAAAUGAUACGAGAUAAAAUUAUUUUAGUAAAUACAAAUUUAAUCUUAGAACAAAAUAAAGAACUAUUUUUCUUCAGUGGAACUGACGUUCGGGAAAAUAGUUUUUUAGAUAGGAUAAUUCUGUGCAGUAAUUUAUUUGCCGUAUUUAUUUUUAUAAUGAAUCCGAAGUUUUGUUGAUAUAUUCAAUUAAAGAAUAAAAAUGUACUCUGAUA